GCGGAGGCAGGGGGAGAAACCGCAGCUGAGACAGCAAGUCAACGCUGCUGCGGUCACCGGGUGUAGUGCAUCGCCCAGAGCCCAGCUGCCGUGGGUACCUCCUCAGUUCCUGGCGGGGGUGGGGGGGCUCCGGGACCCCUGAGGGCGAAGCGGCAGGUACGGCUCUCCAGAGGGAAGGCGAUGUCGCAGCCCCGGAUGCGGCCGGAGCGCGCGGGAAUGGAGCUUGGCGGCUGCGAGGAGCGCCUGCCGGAGGAGAGCAGGAAGGAGCACUGGCAGUUGCUGGGUAAUUUGAAGACUACUGUGGAGGGUUUAGUGUCAGCCAACAGCCCCAAUGUCUGGUCCAAGUAUGGUGGCCUGGAGCGACUUUGCAGGGACAUGCAGAACAUCCUCUAUCAUGGACUCAUCCAUGACCAGGUGUGUUGCCACCAAGCCAAUUACUGGCAGUUUGUGAAAGAUAUCCGCUGGCUCAGUCCCCACUCAGCCCUUCAUGUGGAGAAGUUCAUCAGCCUGCAUGAGAAUGGCCAGAGCAGCACUGAAGGUGUGAGUGAGCGUAUCAUUGCAGAGCUAUGGCUGCAGCAUAGCUUGCAGUGCCACUGUCUCUCAGCCCAGCUCCGACCUCUGCUUGGGGAUAGACAGUAUAUCAGAAAAUUCUACACAGAUACUGCUUUCCUGCUAAGUGAUGCCCACGUUACGGCCAUGCUCCAAUGCCUAGAAGCAGUGGAACAGAACAACCCCCGCCUUCUGGCUCAGAUUGAUGCAUCUAUGUUUGCCAGAAAGCAUGAGAGUCCACUGCUGGUUACAAAGAGCCAGAGCCUGACAGCUCUGCCUGGUUCCACGUACACCCCUCUAACCAGCCAUGCUCAGCAUUCCUACUUUGGAUCCUUCUCUAGCUUCCAGCAAUCCGUAUCCAACCACGGACCAGAAAGAAGAUCUACUUCCUUUUCACUCUCUGGCCCGCCCCGGAAACCUCAAGAAAGCAGAGCGCAUGUCUCUUCAGCAGAGGAUCAAACCAUCCAAGCCCCUCUGCUUCCGAUCUCUGUGUUAGCCAGGGAUUCCCCCUCAACCCCAAAUGAGAUGAGCUCCAGCACUCUGACCAGCCCCGUAGAAUCAUCCUGGGUUAGCAGCCAGAAUGAUUCCCCAAGUGAUGCCAGUGAGGGGCCUGAGUACUUGGCCAUCGGCAAUCUGGACUCCCGAAGCCGCGCUGCCAGCUGUCAAAGUCACAGCAGCAAUGCUGAGAGCAGCAGCUCCAAUUUAUUCUCCUCCAGCAGUUCCCAGAAAGCAGAUUCUGCUGCUUCUUCCCUAGUAGACCAAGAGGGUGGUGGGCAGAGCCAGCUCUCCAGUGUCCUUCGCAGAUCCAGCUUCUCAGAGGGGCAGAUACUCACUGUCACCAGUGGAACAAAGAAGAACCAUACUCGCUCCCACUCAGAUACCAACAUUGUCUCCAGAGGAGCCCCAGGAGGCCCCAGGAAUAUCACCAUUAUAGUUGAAGAUCCCAUUGCAGAAUCCUGCAAUGAUAAGUCGAAGUUGAGAGGCCACUUGCCCUACUCUGGCCCAAGCAGUGAAGUCAGCACACCCAGCUCUCUGUACAUGGAGUAUGAGGGUGGUCAGUACCUGUGCUCAGGGGAAGGCAUGUUCCGAAGACCUUCAGAAGGACAGUCCCUUAUCAGCUACCUGUCUGAGCAAGACUUUGGCAGCUGUGCUGACCUGGAAAAGGAGAAUGCCCACUUCAGCAUCUCAGAAUCCUUAAUUGCUGCCAUUGAACUAAUGAAGUGCAACAUGAUGAGCCAGUGCCUAGAAGAGGAGGAAGAAGAGGGGGAAGACAGCGAUACAGAGAUCCAAGAACUGAAGCAGAAGAUCCGCCUUCGUCGCCAGCAGAUCCGCACCAAGAAUAUGCUCCCUGCAUACCAGGAGACUGAGCAUGGAAGCUUUCGGGUCACUUCCAGCAGCUCCCAGUUCAGUUCACGUGAUUCGGCACAGUUCUCUGAUUCUGGCUCUGCUGAUGAGGUUGAUGAAGUUGAAAUACAAGAUGGUAGCGAAGGAUCUAACCUGACUCACAUGUCAAAGAAUGGACUCUCAGUGUCAAUGGCUUCGAUGUUUUCAGAUGCUGACAUCAGAAGGAGCACAACCUCAAACAAAUCCCUGAAUUCCUCCCAGUCCUACUCCCAUUGCUUCCUACACUCCACAUCUGCUGAGGCAGUGGCCAUGGGGCUCCUGAAGCAGUUUGAGGGGAUGCAGCUCCCAGCCGCCUCGGAGCUAGAGUGGCUAGUUCCAGAGCAUGAUGCCCCCCAGAAGCUCCUGCCCAUCCCCAACUCACUGCCCAUCUCACCAGAUGAUGGGCAGCAUGCUGACAUCUACAAACUGCGUAUUCGUGUUCGUGGCAACCUGGAGUGGGCCCCACCCCGGCCUCAAAUAAUUUUUAAUGUUCAUCCAGCCCCAACGAGGAAAAUUGCUGUGGCCAAGCAGAAUUACCGCUGUGCAGGAUGUGGCAUCAGGACGGACCCUGAUUAUAUCAAGCGGAUGCGGUACUGUGAGUAUUUGGGCAAGUACUUCUGUCAGUGCUGCCAUGAGAACGCCCAGGUGGUUAUCCCCAGCCGGGUUCUGCGCAAGUGGGACUUCAGCAAGUACUAUGUCAGCAAUUUCUCUAAGGACCUGCUCAUUAAGAUCUGGAAUGAUCCACUCUUCAAUGUCCAGGACAUCAACAGCGCCCUCUAUAGGAAGGUCAAGCUGCUCAAUCAAGUCAGGCUGCUGCGGAUCCAACUGUACCACAUGAAGAACAUGUUCAAGACAUGCCGAUUGGCCAAAGACCUUCUGGAUUCUUUUGACACAGUUCCAGGCCACCUAACAGAGGAUCUCCACCUGUACUCGCUGAAUGACCUGACUGCAACCAGGAAAGGGGAGCUGGGGCCCCGGCUGGCUGAGCUCACCAGGGCAGGGGCUGCCCACGUGGAGCGAUGCAUGCUCUGCCAAGCCAAGGGCUUCAUCUGUGAGUUCUGUCAGAAUGAAGAUGACAUUAUCUUCCCUUUUGAGCUCCAUAAGUGCCGGACUUGUGAAGAGUGUAAAGCGUGUUACCAUAAAGCUUGUUUCAAGUCUGGAAGCUGUCCCCGGUGUGAGCGCCUGCAGGCCCGGCGGGAGUUGCUGGCCAAGCAGAGCCUGGAGUCCUUCAUGUCAGACUACGAGGAGGAACCCACCGAAGCUUUGGCUCUAGAGGCUGCUGUCCUGGAGACCACCUGAAGGAAGCACGUUAAACCCUUUUUCUAGGGGCCAGGUCACACACAAUGCAGAACUGAGCCACCCUUUUAAGG